GCCCGGCCGCCCCGCCCGCGCGCCCCGCAGGGGCUGUAGGGCCGGGUGCGUCCGCGAGGGGCGAAGGCGGCGGCGGCCCCGGGACCACGCUCCGAGCGCCCGGGGCAGCUAGCGAGCAAAGUUGCGGUGGAAGAUGAACAACGCCGAAAUCACAAAGCCACCACUAGCACCAAAACCAAAGAUUAUUGGUCAUCUUUCUCCAGUAGCUGUCUCCAAAUUUUCUCCUUCACUGCCAAGGGCUGAUAUUCUUCACAACUCAAACUCUAUGUCUAGGGGUCCCAAACCACCAAUAGCUCCCAAGCCAAAAUUCUCAGCUGACACCGAGGGCAAAUCCAGUGUUUAUAUCAACAAUAAUUUAAAUAAAUGCUCAAACGGGAAACUGCUGUGUCUUGACGGAGAGCUGUGUGACAGAAACCAAUGCAAUGCUGACUGUCCAGAACCUGAGGCAGAUCAUGACUACAUUGUGGCUCCUGAAGCCCAGCUGACCAGUGAAGACUGUAGGGACUUGGAACAGGAGCAUGAUCAGGACCUAGAUUUGUCUGUGGAAAAUGAUGUCUCUGAAACUCCAGAAGAGGUAGAGAACAAAGAAGAUAAUAUUGCUAAUGAUGAGGAUAGCGGUAACCAAGAAAUCACUGAAGAUGAGCACUGUAACUCUUCAGAUACUGCUGAACCAAUGCAACCAGACCCUGAAGGGUCAAUUGGAGACUCUGGCCAUUCUGAAGCACUUUGUGAGGAGUCCUCAGAUGCUCCUGAUGGGGAUAAUGAUGCUUCCAAGAAUACAGAUGAAGAUGAGGAUGUUGUAGGUGACUAUAGUGAAACUGAAAAGGUUAAGGACAGUAGUGAUUCUAAGACUGACAGUGCUAACAUUUUGAGUAGAGAUAUGGAACUAAGGGGUGAUACCUGUAAAGAUAACAUUGUAAUGCCACUACCUGAAGAUCCAUCAGUACCGGGUUGUGAAAAGGCACGUCAGGAGAAGGAGGAACUGUCUGAGAUUCUAGAAGAGAGAGAUGGGUGUCAAGCACAUGAUGGUGACCAUGGUGCACAUGCAGACCUUGAUUUGAACAUGGGAGGGGAGUUAGAAAAUUGUGACACUGCAAGCCCUGACAUGUUGCCUGAUGAGGACAGCCAAGAAACAGCUCCUGGCUUAGAACAGUGUGAAGACGAACCUAAUACUGAAAAUGGUUUAGGAGAGUCCAUCCAUCAAGCAGCAGCUGAAGAUGAGGAAGUAGACUCAGAUGACCACAAUAAUACAAACAUAGGAAAUGCUGAUGAUGGCUGCCAGAUCAUUGAGAGGAGAGAUGGGGAGGAGACAGAGGUAGCCUGUGAAGUAAGCAAAGAGAAAGGGGAAGAAGAAACUGUGAAUGAACAGAAUAUGGAUGAUGGCUGCCAAAACGCUCCUAGUGAGAAUGAAUAUAGUGAAAUACUCAUGAAGCAUUCAGAUGAGAAUCUUCAAACAGAAGAGACCUCUCUGGAUGAAGAUGGUGUGAUAUCUGAUAGUCUGCCUAGUUGUCCAGAUAUGGAGCCAGAACUGGAAGAUGUGACUGUUGAAGAGCAUAGUGGGAGUAUUGUGGAAACAUCUAAGUCAGAUGAACUGCAACUUGAAGACAAUGAGGUGGAAGCAAACAGCCUCAGAAAAACUGUCCCAAGUCCACUUCAACUUGAGGAAGAGUUAGAAGUCUGCAAGCAUGGCAAAAUGAAUGCAGACUGUGGGACCAAACAUAUGCAUGAAAGUCUACCAGUCCCUGAAGUGGUCAUUAUGCCUGAAGAAUCAGAGGAAAGAGAAACUAGCAGUGAUUCCCUAGAUGACCCUUACGUUCUUCCCGCUGAAAAUGAAAUUGUUCAUGAUGAGCAGACUGAUUUAGGAGCUGAUCAUAGUAAAAGGGAUGAAUCAGGUAUGGAUGGUGAAAACAACUUGCUGCUCAUUGAUCGUAAAAGCAUUGUCACUAGAACACGGUCACUCUCUGGGAAAAUGCCAGGCUAUGUCCCAGAAACGGUUCCAGAAGAAACUGGACCUGAAACUGAUUUACCAUCUUCCCGCAGUGGCCCUGGGACAGAAGAUUUAAGCAAUAAUUUAUUUCCAGUGGAAGGAAAACCAAUGGAAGCCAACAGGGCAUUACCAACCAAGUCAAGACGUUUCAUUUUAUAUCCUCGAUCUUUCUCUGUUGAAGGGAGAGAGAUACCUGUCUCUGUUUACAGAGAAAGUGAUGGCUGUGUAAUGGAUGAUGGUAGAAUAAAAAGGACAGAAGAGAACUUGUCUUUGCCAUGUGUCAAUGGUUCCUCAGGUAGUUUUUCCCAGAGAAAUCAUCUUUCAUCAUGUGGCACAUCUACUCCAUCCUCCGUUGUUGAUAUACCACCUCCUUUUGAACUUGCCUACAUCACCAAAAAGCCAAUCACUAAAAGUUCCCCUUCACUUCUGACAGAGAAUGACUCACCUGAUAAGUAUUCCAAGAAAAAGAAAUCUUCCUUUAAGAAGUUCCUCACCCUAAAAUUCAAGAAGAAAACUGAAAGUAAAGUCCACGUAGAUGUUAAUGUGUCCUCUUCAAGGUCUUCAUCAGAGUCUAGCUAUCAUGGGCCUCCAAGGAUGAUGGAGCUGGACAGGAGGAGCUUAAGUAGCUCACCUCAACUAAAAUCACAUGUGGGGAAGCUGUGCACAUCUGAGUCACCCUCAGCUAUUCUUUUCUAUAAGGAUGGUAAAAGAAAAGGAGCAUCCAAGUCCUUCAGCAGGAGCGUGUCAAGGGUGGAGUCCUUCGAGGACCGCUCUAGACCUCCUUUCAUGCCACUCCCAUUAACAAAACCUAGGUCUAUUUCUUUUCCCAAUGCUGACACAUCUGAUUAUGAGAACAUUCCUGCUAUGAGUUCUGACUAUGAAAACAUACAAAUUCCUCCUCGAAGAUCCACCAGAGCAGGAACAUUUACUGAGUUUUUUGAAGAUCCCAGCAGGGCAUUGUCUGCUGCUAAUGAGAAUGAUGGCUAUGUGGAUAUGAGCAGCUUCACUGGCUUUGAGAACAAGCAGCAAACCACAGACCAGGAAACAGAAAGUGCCUACACCGAGCCCUACAAGGUGUGCCCAGUUUCUGUGAUACCAACGGAGGUUGUCACAUCAGAUGAGGAACAGAAGAGUUCAGAAGAUGAUGAGAGCAUCGCAGAUGAUCCCAGCCUCAUCCACAAGAAAGAGGGCCAGUCCAGAGCUUACCUCAUUGCCCAGGAGCUGAUGUCUUCAGAAAAAGUAUAUGUGGAGAUGCUCCAGCUGUUAUGCAUGAACUUCUAUGGGGGUAUCUUGAAAGUGCUUGAAGAAGAUGAUGAAAGGGAACAGGAAGAAGUUAAACUUAAGCAGGGCUUAAGUGAACUCCCUGAAAUUUAUGAAUUACACCAAGACAUCCUGGGAGAACUGGAAGAAAGAGUCUUUAAAUGGGAGGAAAACCAGAAAGUUGCUGAUGUUUUUCUCUCCAGAAAAUCAAGGCUGAAUCACCACACAGCAUACAUUAUGGAGUUUGAUAAUAAUUUGGCUCUGCUAGAUGACACCUGCCUUAAAUGUUCCCAGCUAGCUACCACAAUUCAGGAGUUUGAGCAGAGCUCUGGUGGCAGCCCUCAGAGUGUGAAACACCAGCUUUUGAAAGUGGUGCAGCGUGUCUUCCAGUAUCGUGUGCUGCUCACAGAUUACUUGAAUAAUCUUUGCCCUGAUUCUACUGAGUAUGAAGCCACACAAGCUGCCUUAUUCAUUGUUUCUGAAAUUACGGACCGAGCCAACGACAGCAUGCUCCAAGCGGAAAACUUGCAGAAGCUGGUACACAUUGAGCACAGUGUGAGAGGGCAGAGCGGCCUCCUCCAGCCAGGAAGGAUCUUUGUUAAAGAGGGAACGCUGAUGAAAGUCUCUGGCAAAAACAGACACCCUCGGCAUUUGUUCUUGAUGAAUGAUGUUCUGCUGUACACAUAUCCCCAGAAAGAUGGCAAAUACCGACUGAAAAACACUUUGGCUGUGUCAGGCAUGAAGGUCAGCCGCCCAGUGACAGAAAAAGCCCAAAACGUCCUGAAGAUUGAAAAUGAUGAAUAUUGCCUGACCCUGUCAGCAAGCUCUUGCACGGAAAGGGAUGACUGGUACAGCUGCAUCAGCAGACACAUCCCAGAUGACUACAAAGCUUACAAUGCUCCCACCUUCCACAGCAACGUGGAGCUACGGGAAAGGCUUGGAAUACCCUUGGGUGAGAGGCCUCCUACUUUGGUACCCGUGUCCCAUGUCAUGAUGUGCAUGAACUGUGGCUGUGACUUCAGUCUCACUUUGAGGCGACAUCAUUGCCACGCCUGUGGGAAGAUUGUUUGUAGAAAUUGUUCAAGAAACAAGUAUCCUAUGAAGUACCUCAAAGAUCAAGCAGCCAAAGUCUGUGAUAGUUGCUACAUGGAACUUAAGAAAAGAGAGCGGCCCCUAAGUGUGAGCUUCCCUCCAACUUCACCCAGGUGUUCAAGCAGUGCCUUCUCUGUCUUCUACAAUAUUCAUUAUUCAUCUUUUAAAAAACAAAAGAAGAUUCCUUCAGCUCUUACAGAGGUGGCAGCCUCAGAAGAAGGAGUUACCAUCAGUGGUUACCUCAGCAGAUGCAAGAGAGGCAAAAGACAUUGGAAGAAACGCUGGUUUGUUAUCAAAGGCAAAGUCCUCUACACCUACAUAGCAAAUGAGGACAGAGUUGCCACAGAAAGUUUGCCUUUGUUGGGUUUCACCAUUGCUCCAGAAAAGGAAGAAGGAAAUACAGAUGCAGUUUUUCAUCUCUACCACAAGCAGACUCUCUUUUAUAGCUUCCGAGCAGAGGAUAACAAUUCAGCACAGAGGUGGAUUGAAGCCAUGGAAGAAGCAUCCAUAUUAUAGCAGCUAUCACUCAUUGGACUUAGAAUAAAUUCUCAGAUUUCUAUACAUUUCCAGCAACCCUCUUCUGUCUUGCAGAAGUGAACAGUGUAUUUCAGGCAAACUGGCUACAUACACUGGAUAUGAACUGUUUCCAGACUGCUCUUUUUGCUUCCUUCUUCUUACAUCUACAUUUUUACAAAUUGAAACUUUGAAAUAGAGAAUAUUUAUGGUGAUCUUUGUAUCUGUGCAAGUUCAACCUGUACUAUAAGCUUCUCUGCUGAUCCCACAAUAAACUGUGUCUAACAUCAAGACAAGAAAUACUGAUUACAAUAAGUAACAGGCUUGGUUUUAUUUACUCUAGAGCACUAUCGUAUUUCAUUAGGUUGGGUUUGAUGUUUACCAUGAAAUGAAAAACAAUGUAGUAAACAACAAACGCUCAUUUAAAGCACUUUAUUAUUUUUAUAAAACUACAGCUUCAUUUUUUCAUGGUUUUGGGGCCCACUUUAUUACUUAUCCAUUAACAAGUAUCAGCAUGAAAUUAUCUCCCUUGUAUGCUAAAUUGCUUCCACAGACAAUAAACAAAGAACACAUUCAAUGUACCUGGUCUACCAACACUUCACUGGCUAUGAUCCAGGAUAAUUACUUACUAUUAAUUUAUACUUUUUAUACAGAUCACCAUAUAAUUUAUGUUAAAGGUUUAAUUUCAUACUGUAGUACUUUGAAAUGCACUCCAGUAGCUCUACAAAUCCAGAUGUUGAAUUUUAUCACUUCUAAAAUAACAAGGGUUGUUUUUUAUUUAUUAUAAACCUACAAUUUUAUUUAACACUAGUCUACCUAAUAGUGUUAAGAUUUUUAUCAUCUAUUUAAAUAGUCUAUUUUCAAAGCUCCUGUCGUUUCUGCUGUUCUUGAUAUGAAAAAUGUCAUCAAAAGUUUAAUCCAGAUAACCAGCACAUCAUUUCAACGAUGCUGGUGAACCGAAAUGCACGUCGAUUUGCUUUGCUGGAGUGCUGUGGUACUCCUAUGGCUAAGGGCAUCAGACUGCUAUUGUGCACUGCAUCUCCAGGGCUCAAUUUUCAGCAGCCAAUGUCUGUAGGACUUCAAGAUGCUAUGCUGAUUUACACCAGCUGAGGAUAUAAUCUCUGGAGUGUUGUUUUUAAUGUUUUGUUGGGGUUUUUUUACAAAGAAGGUUGAGAAGUGCUGUUCUAAUUAUUGCAAUAAAAUGGUUUUGUGUCCUAUAUUUGUCAUAAUACUUGACUGAAGAACAUAAUGUCAUUUAUGAUUGAAAUAUAUCUUUCUAUAAAAAUGCCAUGUUCAAAAAUUUACUUACAUUAAAAUAUAUUGGGAGGUGGGGAUUUUUAUUACUUUUAUUUUUCCCUUUCUUCAGGAAGCUUAAUGGAUAUUUGAAUUUUUUACCAUAACAAACUGUUCAGAUUGUCCAUAUUUUAAAGAUCUGUAUGUAUCCAAAUGAUGAAGGUAGUUCAAUUUAUCAUCUGGAAAAACAAGCUUUAAAAAAUCCCCAAAUACACACCUAACUCUAAAUAAAAACACUGCUGUUUGAUGUUUA